AUGUCCACUCCGGGAGAACGGAAGUUCUCCCAGAAACUCAUGGGACUAGAGGCUUGCAACCUGCUCAUGGGUUCUGAAUUUCAUGCAAAACACAAUAAUAGAAAAGAGUCUCCUGAUUCCGGAGGAAAGCCUGGUACAGUAGCGCCAGGAACAUGCGACAGCAGAGGUGUUGGUGGAGUUGGCGUCCUCGUCAACACGAGAACGGCAAAGAACAUCGACUCUUUCGAACAACUUACGACCCGAAUCGGACGUCUGCGGAUGAGAAGAUGUGGUCCAACACCAGCUUUGACUAUCUUCGUCGCUUACGUUCCAACAUCAAGCUACGAAGAAGAAGAAGAAGUCGAAGCUUUCUGCAUGGACCUGGAGAAGUUCUACCGAGAAGAUCAUGCCUUCUACAAGGUCAUAAUUGGCGAUUUCAACGCCAAAGUUGGCCCAAGAAGAACGCCGGAGGAACUUCACAUCGGGACCCACGGCCUACAAUGGAACGACCAAGGGGAGAGGCUCUCCGAGUUCAUCAUGACGACUAAGACCAUCCAUGGGAACUCGCAAUUCCAGAAGCCCUCAUGUCUACGCUGGACGUGGGAGUCACCCAGUGGAGGGUACCGUAAUGAAAUAGACCACAUCAUCGUCAAUAAAAGGUUCUGCCUGACGGAUGUCGCUGUUGUACCAAAGUUCUAUACGGGAUCGAACCAUCGCCUCCUCCGAGGAAGAUUUUCUUUCACAAGGAGAGUGGAGAAAGCCGCCAAGUUCAGAGAGAGAAAUUCCAGGACUAUCAUCAACUGGGAUCUCUUCGCUACGCUAGCCGGCUUUUGGGAAGAUUCCGCAAUGGACAACAUCGACGAGGAAUAUGACCGGCUUAUUGAACACCUUCACGACUGCGCGAAGAAGGCUGAGAGCUUUAAAACCACCAAGAGACGCCUGUCUCUUGAAACUCUUAAGCUGAUACGCCAGCGUGGAGCAGCACGAGCCGCAGGGAACCAAGAACUCACGUCCGAGCUCGCAAAGCUUUGCAGAGAGGCGAUAAAGGAAGACCUUAAAGAGAGAAGAGCAGAAGUACUGGCUGAAGCUGCAGAGGCGGGGAAAAGCAUCCGCUGUGCCCGUCAAGACUUCGCCAGUCGCAAGACAAGGAUGACUGCUCUCCGGAACCCGAAGGGAACAACCAUUGUAUCGAGAAGAGGGAUGGAGAAAAUCACCUACGAAUUCUACUCUGAUCUCUUCGACAGCCAUGUCCACUUGCCUCCUCACCACCUGAGGGAAGAUGGAUAA